UUCUCACAUCGGCUGUGGAUCUGAGCGGCUCCUUGGAGUUGGUCUUCUGAUAACUGCUCUUUUAGCACAUCCUUACAUCAUGCCACUUCCGGAUACUUUGUACUGUGCCCAGCAAAUCAAAAUCCCUCCCCAGCUGCCAGACAUCCUCAAAAGCUUCACAAAGGCAGCCAUCCGAACACAGCCGAACGAUCUGCUGCAAUGGUCUGCAGCAUACUUCCAUGCACUGGCCAAAGGAGAGUGUCUACCAGUAAAGGAGAGGCUGGAGAGGAAUGUUGGCACUGGGUUGACUCCAGGUCUACUGAAAAUCCUCCAUAAGCAGAUGUCUUCAAGGCCAAUGUGCAGCAGAGAGGAGCUGCAGAUGAAGUGGAAGGACCUCGGUCUUCCCAUGGAACAGCUGAAGACCCUGCUGUCAUUGGGCUGCUUUUCUUCAGAAUUCUCCUGGAUUGAGUUUUUUGCCCUGGGCUGUACUGCCCUGGGAGAGACUCUUGAAAGCUCUCUGAAGUACGCUUGUGAGAUCCUGACAAAUGAUGAGGAGGGUGGCCCUGCCAGGAUCCCGUUUGAAACCUUCGUCCAGAUCUACACCUUCCUGGCUCGACUAGAGGGAGACUUAUCACCACAACAAAUUGACAACUUCCUCAAAAGUCUGGAACCACAAGUGGCGAUCCAGGAUGGGAUGAUAAAACCUGUGAACUUUAUCAACAUGAAUGACAUGGAUUCAACUCCAUCUAGUUCCACUUUUCUUUCCUCAACAACCUUGGAAGCUGAAUAGGAGUAAACACCUAGAUUUUGUUUGCACUGAUAACAAAAGCUCAAUACUAGGAGUUCUAUUUAUGUUUACCUGAGAGAGUCUGCCUAUCAUAAAUUAAAUACGGGAGCCUAAACACUUCUGAAAAAAUAGGAUUAUGGAAGAGACUCAAAUCUUGUAUUUAAAACGUAUUACUUUCUUUUUAUAGCUUAGCAUGCGACUACUUUCCAAAUCUUAGUUUAGUUUAUUCAAUAAUGAUGCUUUAAGUGUAGUUUUUCCAUAGUCUGAUCGCAGAAGUCGUCCAGUUGGCUAAGCGCUCAAGAGUGUCUUCCUAUCAAGUAACAUAUAUAGAUGUUGCAGCUCAAUGGAUUGCAGUGCUUAUGUAUACUGUGACUUCCAUGUUAGAUGAUCGUUCAAACACCAAAAUAACAUUUAUUUAAAAGCUAGCUGGAGUCUUGGUAGCGAAAAAAGGCUCUAAUUACAGUAUAAAUAUGAGGCAGUGUUUAUGUUGUGGACAGUGUCUUGCAAAUAAAUUCCCCUUGAACUUGCUCAUAUUCCAGCUUAUCUAACAGCUAGAAAUGAUUUUGCUCUAUGUUUUUUUUGCUUUAAAUGUCUAUAGUGUUCCUUCUGUUUGUGUAAAUAACAGUUUUCAAAUUUUUGGAUCUCUGUGGGUCUUUUAGGUGUGGCACAGUCCUCUUAGCUGCUUCUCUGAAUAAUGCUCUCUUUACCCACUUGGGUUUGAUCAUUUUUCUCUUUCAAUGUUGGAUGAUAGUUUGAUUAGUGCAACAUGAGAUGUCUUAAGCUCAAUUUAAAAUGAUUACUCUUUGCCCUCUACCUUUUUGACAUUCUUUGGUCUAUAUUAUUGUUUGUACACUAGUUUAUUUGCAUAAAUCUAUGAGGCCUUUGCAGAAUAAAUGUAAGUCUUGAUUUCAAAUGUAAGGUCAGAAGGUUAAAUAUGAGAGAUGAUAGAAUCUGCUGAUGAGGAAACUGCUCUUUUUUUACUUGAUCAUUGAAAACAGUUCAAACAAAACAUAAACUUAUUUUUCUACUGACCAUUUAAUGUAGAUGAUUCCUUUGCCUGCUUCUCCAAAUGAGAUCCUUCCCAAAAACUAGAAAUCUGCGUGGCUGUAAGAGCAACUCAUUCAACCCACUUUAAACAAACUAAAUACAUCCUCAAGUGCAGUUGGGAGAGGAGGAAGAAAAGAAAACACCACAGAUGUCCCUGACAGCGGCUUGUCAACCAA